CAGGAACAGGAGUUUGACUCUUGGUCGAAGGACCAGGGCGCUUAUUAGAGGAAACGUGAAGUGUCACUGUGAAAGGAUUGCAGCCAAGAGAUCAAGCCCAGUGACGUGGCACAUCUUGGCCUCAAACCGGAAAGCGACUCAGCCAGUCGACCCUGUGACUAGCGACAUUGCGAGAACGGCAUUCGAUCCCCAAUUCUGAAUUCCGGUAUGGCUUCCGGGUUGACGGCGAAGCUCUCAAAGUUCAAUCCGUUCGGCAAGGGUAAGAAAGACGAGGACGACUGCGGAGAAGCCAUCGACAGCGACUCGGUUGCUGGUGGUGGCCAUGCUGCUCGACGAACCAAGAUUACGAAGGAGCAACUACGGGUCAGCCAUGCUCUGAAGAAGUUUCUGGUCAACCAUCAGGUCUUCAGUCCAGACGAUAUUGCCCUGAACUCUGGUGAAAACACCCCUGCGUUGAAAGAACUUCUCGACAAGCCUCACGUUAAUGUUCCCAGAGAGCUCACGCUGAGAGGAAGGCCACUUACAGAGUACUUCAUCAGCUCGAGUCACAACACUUAUCUUCUGGCUCAUCAAUUGUACGGCACAUCUUCUGCCGUAGCGUAUGAGACAGCGCUUAACACUGGCUCAAGAUGUGUUGAGAUCGACGCCUGGGACGACGGGGAGAAUAAAGAGGAGCCAAAGAUAACACAUGGUUAUACCUUAGCAUCUCACAUCCCGUUCAGAGCUGUUUGCGAGACCAUUCGAGAUGUGGUUGAUAAGGAAGCUACUGCUCCAGUCGACAGCGAUACUGGCUACCGAGCAGCCCCGAUCCUGAUCUCGCUCGAGAAUCACUGUGAUGCGAAAGGCCAGCUGCGACUGGCCACCAUCAUGAGAGAAGUCUGGGGCGAGCGACUCCUCAGCAAACCAGUCAGAGACGAAGGUGCACGCGAGCAAGGAGACUCCGGCGAGCACGUAGAUCUCGAAGAGCUGGGCUCCAAAAUCGCUGUCAUCGUAGAGUACCACUUGCCCAAUGAAGAGGAGUCCGAAUCAAGCUCCGAUGAAGACGAAGACCCGCAAGUCAGAGAAGACCACAAGCGGUGGCGAGAAGAGAAACGCAAAAACGCUUCCGGCGGCAUCAUUCCUGAGCUCGCAGAACUCGGAGUCUACGCGCAAUCUGUCAAGCCCGUAAACCAUUCCUGGUUCGAAAGCGUACUUCAAGACGGCCCACCGCACCACCUCAUCAAUGUCUCUGAGUCGGGUCUUGCACCACUGCUGAAGGCAAAUGGUGCAAAGAUCGGCCAGCACAAUGCCAAACACCUCAUGCGCGUCUAUCCGAAAGGCACACGAAUCUCGUCCGCAAAUUUGAAUCCCGUCCCAUUCUGGGGCGUAGGCGCACAAAUCUGCGCUCUGAAUUGGCAAACUUUCGACGCCAGCAUGCAGCUGAACGAAGCACUUUUCGCCGGAAGUGACGGCUUCGUCCUCAAACCCGCAGCCCUACGAGAAGGCGGUAGCGGGAAACUCGAUUCUGGAAGAAAGAAGCAUUUACGCCUUCACAUCGCCGGAGCCACGGACAUCCCACUACCAAAAGACCGCGACGCAGACGACGAAAUCAAACCAUACAUCACAUGCACUCUUGUUCAUCCCGACGAUAUCAAGAACGAGCCACCGAAACGCAAGACUUCUGGCUACAAACAACACAAGUUAGGACUUGUGCAUAAAGAUGCAGACUCACCACCGACUGAUCCGUUGUGGAACGAGCAUCUGGAUUGGGAUUACGAAGAGAAUGAAUUGGUGUUUUUGAGGAUUUUGAUCAAGAGUGAUGACAAGUUUGCUCGGAAUCCGGUUUUUGCCGUGGCGGCUGUGCGGUUGAUGUAUGUGGCGAGGGAGUGGGUGUUCAUUCGGAUGCUGGAUUUGAAGGGCAAGGAGACGCAUUGCACUGUCUUGUGUAAAUUUGAGAUUACGGAUGCAUGGGAGUGAAGCAUGACUAUUAUUUAAAUAUCUCCAGCCAUACAUACAUACAUAGGUUUAGUCGAUACUAAGCUUCGUCGC